CUCUGAUCGGCCUCAUUCCUUUGCCAUCGAUCCGCACAUCUGCCUCGUCCAUCGCCCAGACCAAACCUCCCCACUCUUGCGCAGGCUUCAAGGCCGUCUCAUUCCUCUUCCUGGCCCGGUGGCUCCAGCCUCAUCGCAUGACUGAAAUCAUUCAAUCGCCGGUCCGCGGCAACUCAUCCAUCCAAGCCGGCAGCAAGGCCCUGUCGCACCCGCUCAUCAUCUACCCGUUCUCGGACUCUGAAGACCAAGAGGACACCAGACUCUCGGGAACGGUCCCCGCCAGUGCCUCCAGACCCGGCAUUGACGAGGAAGACGAGGACGGGGCCGAGAUGCCAGCGGUCCAACACCCCAACGACGCCUCGGGAUACGACUCGGACCCCGACGGCGACUACACGAUUGCAGGCCUGGAGACCCUCAAGGUCGAAAAAGUCCUCAAGAGCGGAUACCUCAAGAAGCGUCGCGAGAAGCGCAAGACCUGGAAGAAGCGGUGGUUCGUUCUGCGGGCGACGAGGUUGGCGUACUACAAGGACGAGCGGGAGUACGAGUUGCUGACCGUCAUCAACAUGGAGGAUGUCCAUGCCAUCGCCGAGGUGCAGGUGAACCGCCGAGACUUCGUCUUUGGGGUCGUCACUCGUCAGAGAACCUACUACAUCGAAUGCCCCUCUCGCCAAGAGCUCGACGAGUGGCUGGCGGCCAUCCGAGAGGCCCAUCGGCUGACCCAUGUGCAGCAGUCGCAACCAUCGGCGGCCCAGUCCAACACAAGCCUCUCGACCGCCCGAUCGGCCAGCCGUCCUCGCGGUGUCAGCUUGCCGGCAGUCAAGUUUAGCGAUACCGUUUCGUCGAGCUUGUCCAAUCGGCCCAAUACGGUAUCGACUCCGUCGCCGGCACGGUCGCCCGACCUUGAGCCCGGGCUGACCCGAGUCAAGUCGUCUGGGAUCGUGACGUUUUCCGUUCCUGCGGCGCCUAUCCUGUCCCGAAACCUGGAUAUGUCUAUAUCCGAGGGCCGAGAGAAUGACCAGCUCUCGCUCGUAUCGAACGCAACGUCGACGCCCGAGUCGAUACUGACUGUAGCCUCUACGCCAUCCGUGAUGCUGGCCCGGGCCAACCAUCAGUCAGCACCGAUUGUGUCGAUCCUGGCCAACCCCACCUCGCGUGUGUCAGUCACCGACACCGUCGGCCAGGAGACUCCUGCGCUGUCGCUGUCGCUGUCGCAGCCGCAGCCGCAGCCGCAGCCGACGCAAGUGCAAUCGCAGACGCAAGUGCAAUCGCAGACGCAAGUGCAAUCGCAGACGCAAGUGCAAUCGCAGACGCAAGUGCAAUCGCAGACACAAGCGCAGACGCAGACGCAGCCGCCGAGCGGAUCGUUUCCGGUCUUGACUCCCAGCGCCUCGCAUCCCUACGCCCCAUCCAAUCCGUCUCGCCUUGUCGGCGUGGUCAAGUUUGACGAGUCGUCGGCCAAGCCCACGGCGUCAAGUCCAAAGGGUGCCAAGGUCAUGGGUGCUGAGCCUGAAGCUGAAGGCGUGAUGAGUAGUGAGGAGGAAGACGACGGCAUCGACACGACCAAGUCCAAGUCCACCACUACCGCCAUGGACCAGGGCUACAUGGAAAGCGACGUGGUGCUGUGUCAAGGCUAUCUCGACAAGCAGGGCACCAAGUACAAGCAAGCCUGGAAGCGCCGAUGGUUUGUUUUGCGAAACCACAACCUCAUCAUAUACAAAGAUGCCAAGGAGUAUGUUGUUCGCCGGCUCAUUCCUCUGCAGUCGGUUAUCGACAUCAUUGCCAUCGACCCAGUCAAUCGGAAUCGCCCCUUCUGCUUCAAGGUCAUUUUGGCCGAGAAUGCCCGGACGAUCGUCCUGAGCGCCGAGUCGGAGGUAUCCAUGCGCGAGUGGAUUUCGCUGCUGGAACAGGCGCGAGAGAAGUCGCUCACGAAUCCCGAGGGUUGAUACCGACGGCCGAUCCCGAUGGCCGAUCCUGGGCCCUCUCUCCACCCACCUCACCCUGCACAUUCAUUGCCCGCCCUUCUUUUUGGAACACCCAGUCCUCAUCCAGCGUGUUGACCCCUCCUUCCUCGCCCAUGUGUUGCUUUGCUUUGCUCCGGGUGGGGGAUUAUUUCUUUCGUUUCUGCUUUGAUGAGCCAAGAUGUGCCUUUCCCUCCCCCGUUUCCCUCGCUCUUUCGUUCGCUUGACGUGGAUUUGGGAGAGAGUGCGGGCUCCUACUUGGCUGAAUGUGCAGUAUCCCGCGAGCCCGGUUCGUUGGUGUGUUGCUGUGCGCCAUAUUGCUAUGAACACUGCUCUCUGCUCGAGAGCAUGCGCUGCCGCACUCGGUGCAGUUCUCUCGAGCACAUAUCCUCUUGCGGUGCUCCGCUGCAGCGUGUUGGAACGAAAAACAAUGGCUCGCACCGUUCGCUGCCCAAGCCGACCACAC